AUGGCGAACACUGCGUCGUAUAAUAAUACGAUGGUGGCAACCGGUGAAGUGGAAUACCCGGCCAACGACCCUGCAUCUGGGGCAUUUUUUCAGACCGAUUACAAAAGAAAUGAAGACCUAAAACUGAUGCUGGAUGGAUCGAAAGACUCACUUAAGUUGGAGGCUAUGAAGAGAAUCAUUGGCAUGAUUGCUAAAGGAAGAGAUGCAUCUGACUUAUUCCCCGCAGUGGUGAAAAAUGUGGUGUCAAAGAAUAUAGAGGUGAAAAAGCUGGUGUAUGUGUACCUGGUGAGGUACGCAGAGGAGCAGCAGGACUUGGCACUGCUUUCCAUCAGCACUUUUCAGAGAGCUUUGAAGGACCCCAACCAGCUGAUCCGCGCGUCGGCGCUCCGCGUGCUCUCCUCCAUCAGGGUGCCGAUGAUCGUGCCCAUCGUCAUGCUGGCCAUCCGCGACUCGGCCAGUGACAUGAGUCCUUACGUUAGAAAGACUGCUGCCCAUGCUAUUCCCAAGCUUUACAGCUUGGACCCAGAACAAAAAGAAGAACUAGUGUCAAUAAUAGACAAGUUAUUAUCAGACAAAGCACCUCUGGUAGUUGGCUCGGCAGCUAUGGCAUUUUCUGAAGUCUGCCCUGAUCGGAUGACUCUUAUACAUAGGAGUUACAGGAAAUUAUGUUCCCUGUUAGCAGAUGUCGAUGAAUGGGGACAAUUGGCCCUCCUUAACGUACUUACUGUUUACGCUAAAACCUGCUUCCCAGAUCCCAAUAAUGAGGCCUAUUCAACAGACAGCGAAUCUGACAAACCGUUCUAUGACUCAGACUCCGAAGGCAGUGGUCCCAAGAAACAAUCUUCUCACUCUCCAAGUCUGGACCCUGACCACAGACUAUUGCUUAGAGCGGCCAAACCUUUGCUGCAGAGCAGGAACUCAGGAGUUGUCAUGGCUGUAGCACAGCUGUUCUAUCACUGUGGACCUGUGCAAGAACUUCCUCCAGUCGCCAAAGCCAUGAUCCGUCUAUUAAGGGCGCCCACUGAAGUGCAAAGCGUCGUACUCAACGCUAUAGCUUCACUCACGGUCACCAAAAGAGUAU